AUGAAUAUGUUGGAUGAUGAAGAUGACCAAAGCUUUCACGCUACGCGUGACGGCUACUCCCAUUUGAGCGAUGACGAAUGGGAUGAGGUUGAACGGAUGGGUUCAACCAUGGGAUUCCAUGCUGUUAGCGUCAUGCUAGAGGCUCUCAAUAGAGAUGCCCAACAUGCUACUAUCGCCAAGUUCAUUCAAAAUGAACUUGACGCUGAACGCGAGAAAGUAGCCUUGCUUCACCAACAAGGUUCUCAACAAUCAGAGUUGUUGAGAGAACAGGGUGCUCAGCAGUUUGAGCUGUUGAGACAGCAGCAGGCUGCUGCUGGUGGGUCGAUGCACUCGCGUCGACCCGAGACCUUGAAGAUUGACAUCUCCAAGUAUAGGGGAGUCGAAGGGGACUCCCUCUUGAGAUGGUUCGUCGAAUUGGAUGACGCCAUAAGGGCGCGUCGCAUCGACGACGGGGAUAUGCAAGUUGCAUUUGCCCAGUCAAAUCUGGCAGGACGUGCCAAGACUUGGGCUUCGGGGCUCAAGUUGCACGACCCAUAUCCGUUUGGGUCGUUAGGAGUCUUCAAGUCGCGGCUCAGAAAAACGUUUGAACCGCCUAGAGCUGAGUUCAGAGCUCGAACUGAACUCUUGAAGCUCAAGCAAGGGUCUUGCGAUGGUCCCUUCAAGACUCACCUGUUCCAACUUGAACUAGAUUCACUAGAACAAGCCAUUUCCAUUGCGGAACAGAAAGACUUCAGUCUGGGACAGGCUUGCGCCAGCUCGACAUCGUAUCGUCAACCGAGACGAUAUGACAGCGGAAGUCCAGAGCCGAUGGAACUCGGUUAUGUAGAGAGCGAGAAGGCUCGCUCUACAGACUACAAGAAGUUUCAGAAAUGCAACAGAUGUCAGAAGACAGGACACUACGCUUACGAGUGUAGUGCCCCUCGUCCAGUGUCUCGCAACACUGAGCGUAGUGACCGUCCACCCAUGAGAAAGGGGCAGGGACGCGGGUCCGCUGUUGGUGCGAAGACUCAACAACGGGAUGGACCGUCAAAAAACGGACAGGUUUAG